AUGAGUGCCUUAUCUACUAAAUUGAAACUCAAUUGCAUCGUGUGGAAGCUUCCCGAGUUGUCGUUGGCAGACCCCAGAUUCCAUAUUCCAUCCGACAUUGACAUGGUUGUCGGUGGUGAAGCGUACCACGAGCUGCAUCUUGGCAGCAAGCGUUCCCUGGGAGAGGGAUUACCGUUGCUAAUAGAAACAGUGUUUGGAUGGACUGUUUCCGGGAAGAUAUCCAUCGAUCAUCCCACCGUUCCCCGCGUCUGCCAUCUAACCACUGUCGAUCGAAGCUUAGAUCAAGCGUUGCAGAAGUGCUGGGAGCUGGAAGCUGUUGAGCCGUAUUCUGUGAAUUCCGUAGAAGAAAAACAGAGUGAAGAAUUUUACACUACUACCACCACUCGCGAUUCGUCCGGUCAUUAUCUCGUUCGUUUUCCACUCACCCGUGAUCCGCUAGUCAACCUCCGCAAAUCCAGAGCCAUCGCCGAACGUCUAUUCGCAUACUGCAAAUUCAUGGACGAAUCCGCACGAAUAGCGCACAUGAAGAAGCUCAUCGAUCCAGUAGACGAUGUGAACUCGCACUGUUUCCUCCCGCACCAUCCUGUGUUCAAGGAAUCCAGCACAACCACGAAGGUCCGAGUCGUCUUCGACGCGUCGUGUAAAACGGCCUCAGGAUUUUCAGUCAACGGAACCACUGGAGGCAUCCGCAAUUAA